ACCUGGGCCCCGCCGAACCCCGGCCGCGCGCGUGCUCGCCGCCCGAUUGGCCGGCGGAGCGUGGCCGGUAUAAAGCGGGGAGGGAGCGCGUCGCGUGAGCCACACGCGCGCACAGCCUCUGUGUUCCACCGGCAAGUCAACUCAGGCAGCAAGCGCCGUCGCGGACCGACCGGACGGGAUGCAGUCGAUGCAGCACAAGGCGUCGGAGUGGAGCGGCGUGGCGGCCGCCGACGCCUUUGCCAUCGACGACGGCAACAUCUUCGAGGCCCUCGGCGGCACCCCGCAGCCCUUCGUCGACCUCUCCACCAACUUCUACACCAGGGUGUACGAGGAUGAGGAGGAGUGGUUCCGGGAGAUAUUCGCGGGCUCGAAGAAGGAGGACGCCAUCCAGAACCAGUACGAGUUCCUGAUCCAGCGCAUGGGCGGCCCGCCGCUCUUUUCUCAAAGGAGAGGACAUCCUGCCCUUAUAGGACGACAUCGACCAUUCCUGGUAACGCACCGAGCUGCAGAGCGUUGGCUGCACCACAUGCAGCAAGCUUUGGAUACAACUGAAAGCAUAGAUGCAGACUCGAAAACCAAAAUGAUGAACUUUUUCAGGCACACUGCUUACUUCCUCGUUGCUGGCAACGAGAUGACAAGGCAACAGAGCCAAGGAGUAGCCUGCAAACAUGCAACAAGCAAACCAGCUGAGUAACGAUUCGAGCCUUGGAGCUAGUGACCUUCUGAAUAAGGAAUGAGGCAAGCCUCUGCCCAACGCCCGCAUCCCAUGUACAGUGGAGGUCAGAUCACCUCCACAUUGAAAGAAAUAGCUCCACUGACUCUUUGUAGGCUUUAACAGCCACUCUUGAGCAGAAAGCGUUUCCAAAAUUGAUAAUCUUAGCUUGUUCCAAAAUAUGUUUA